AAUUUCUAGGGUUUAGGAAGUGGCCGCAGGGGAGGAGGAAGUGAAGAGCCGAGCUGCACAAGGAAGCAUACAAUGGCGAGGAUUAAGGUUCAUGAGUUGAGGAACAAGUCAAAGGCAGACCUCUUGAGCCAGUUGAAGGAGCUCAAGUCUGAGCUCGCUCUCCUCCGCGUCGCCAAGGUCACCGGCGGUGCACCGAACAAGCUUUCCAAGAUCAAGGUCGUGAGGCUAUCGAUUGCGCAGGUGCUGACAGUGAUCUCUCAGAAACAGAAGGCCGCUCUCAGGGACGUUUACAAGAACAAGAAGUUGUUGCCCCUUGAUCUCCGUCCCAAGAAGACUCGUGCUAUUCGCAGACGCCUCACCAAGCACCAAGUGUGUAUUCUCUUGCUGUUCGUUUAACUAUAAUUAUGCUGUUAUGUUAUUGAUAAUAUGUCUUGCACUAUGAGUAGGAGAAUGCUCAGCGUAGAAAUAGUUAACUUGAUAAGGGUGGAAAUUGUUUGAAGCUAUCCAGUGUUAUGAAAGCAAUAGAACUGGUGGCAACUUGGUUUGUGGUUGAAGCCUCACAUCUGCGAGUUCCUAAGGUUAGCUAGUGAAUCUAGAAGGCAAUUGUAUUGAUGACCUAGGGUUAAGCAUCUGGUGACUGGAAGCAUCUCUGAAGACCGAGCGGGAGAAGAAGAAAGAGAUGUACUUCCCAUUGAGGAAAUAUGCUAUCAAAGUUUAGGGUAGUGAAGGAUUGCACUUGGAUUAAAAAUGUGGGUUUUUGCCAUUUGUGAGAGCUCUUGAUUUAGUCGAAUGCCGAUCUUUUAGUUCAACCUGUGGAUUUGUUUAUGUUUGAAGACCUAAAAUUACUCGCUAUUUUUCUCAGAAUCCAUGAUCUUUUGUUAGUUCCUGUCCAGACCUCCUUGGUUACUUUCCAUGCCGAUGUUUGCAAUGUCACGCAAGUACCUUUGUUACUAGUGUUCCUCGUGGGACUUCGAUGACCCAUUCAUGACAGCCACACUAUCUGCUAGUUGAAUCAUGAAUGACUUGCUAUUUUGAACGACUGUGAACUGUGAAGUAUGUUGAAGAUAUGUGAGGCUGAAAGAAAAUGUAAUAGCUGGAUGUGUUGUAAGCGUCUUAUAGCUGUAGCAUAUGGGCAUCAGGUUAUUCA